AUGGCAUUAACCGUGAAUCCAGCGUCCCCUGCGGACGAGCUGCGGGCGCUGCGGAAGGAGCAUGAAAAGCUGCAGCACGCUUUGGCCGUGCGCGACCACGAGAUAGCGGCGCUCCGCGAGAUUGCCGAGGCGGCCGGGCAGCUGCAGUCGCAGGACACCCAGGCGGCCAAGGUGAUAGAGCUGUCCAAGAAGAAUCGCGCCCUCAACCUGAUGCUUGAGAAGGAGAAGCAGCGCGCCGCCCAGCUGCAGCAGUCCCUGUCCGAGGCCACCCAGCCGCGCGACGGCGCGUCCGCGCAGAAGAUCCAGGCCGCGGCGCGGUCGGCGGUCGAGCAGGCGGCAGAGGCGGCGGACUCCGCGGCCAAGGAGGCGGCGGUGUGGCGGGAGCGGGCGCAGCAGCAGACCAACAAAAUGUCGCAGUUGGAGCAGAAGGUGUUUGCCCUGGAGGGGGAGAACAGGAAGCUGGCGCGGGCCCUGGCGCGGGAGGUGGGGGAGGACGUGCCCCUGGCCAAGGUGCUGGAAGAGGGCAGCGACUGGAAGGGGCGCCGCGAGGCGAUCAUCGCGCUCAAGGACACCAUACGCAAGCUGCGGGAGGAGCGGGGGGCGCCCCUGCCCAGCAAGCACGACGAGGUGCACCGCAACACCAUUGGGAAGAUCUCAAAGGAGCGCGCCGCCGAGAUGGAGCGCGUGGCGGCGGAGCUGGCGGCGGCAAAGGCGGCCGCGGAGCAGCUGCGGCGGCAGUAUGCGGGUGCCAGCAGCCGGCGAAAGGUGCUCGAGGAGGAGCUGGCGGCCGCGCGAGACAAGAUGGCCGUGGUGCUGCGGAAAACCAAGAACGACGACCGCCUCAUCACGGCGCUCAGGGCCGAGCUGGCAGCGGCAGUGCAGGCGGGCGGCUCGGGGCGCCACAUCAGGGCCAGCGUGACGGGUGUGGACAGCCGCACAGCAACACCUCGGACUGGCAGUCCCUCCAGCUCCCCGCCCUCGUGGUUGCCGUUGCCCUCACGCCGCACCAGUCCGUCUGGCGGCCAGGAGCACGUCUGGACAGAGGUGGCACAGCUCAGGCAGCAGGUGGUGGAGCAGGACGAGCAGCUGGAGCAGUCUGCGAAGGUCAUCCGCUACCUGCAGGCGCAGCUGCAGCAGCCCGCCGCGGCCGGGGCCGGCGGCGGCGGCGGCGGGGCGGUCAAGGAGCAGCUGCUGCUGGAGCAGCUGGAGGCGGCGCAGGACGAGUGCGACGAGCUGCGGGGGCAGGUGCGCGCCCUGCAGGACGAUCUCGAGCAGCUGCAGGCGGCGCGCCCCGGCACCAGCGGCUUGAGCUGCGACCUGCGGCGGCAGGUGCAGGCCCUGCAGGAGGAGAACGACCGGCUGCACAGUGGCCUCAAAGCAAUGCAGCAGGAGGGCCGGCAGCUGCGAGGCUCCCGGAGCGAUGCAGGCAGGGGUGGCUCGCCGGGCGGGGCCGCAGGGUCGGCGCGAGGCGGCGCUGGCAGCGGCAGCAGACGUGGCGUGGCGACGGCCGACACGUUUGUCGUGGGCGACGCUGGUGCUGACGAGGAUGAUGGGGGGGUGUACGAGGAAGACGAGGGGGCAGCAGGGUACAUAGACGAGGAGCGCGGCGCCAUUGUAGCUGCAGCAGGGCGGCCGGGCGGUGAAUAA